AUGGCCACCCCCAAUGUCCUUACUUUUGACGCUGAGGGGAGGGCCAUUGACUUUGCCGUCUGGAUUGAAGACCUGCAGCUGUACUUACUCUGUGAUGCGAUAGAUGAGGUCUCUCUCUUUGACUUUGUCUCUGGCGCUGUCCCUGCCCCACCUGCUGAUGCUGACUCUGCCGUUCGCUCCAAGUGGGCGACCCGCGAUGCUGCUGCACGUCUUGCUGUGCGUCGCCACCUCCCUUCCUCUGAGCGUGCCCACUUUAGUCAGUGCAAGACCGCUCAGGCCUUGUACGACGCUGUAGUUGCACGCUACUCCUCCCCUUCCUCCGCUACCCUUAGCCGCCUCAUGCUACCGUUUCUCUUCCCUGACCUCGCCUCCUUUCCCACUGUUGCUGACCUCGUUACCCACCUCCGUGCUAGUGACACCCGCUACCGCGCUGCCCUUCCUGCUGAGUUCCGCGCUGCGAACCCUCCUCCCAUGUACAUCACUCUCUACUUUCUCGUCACCCGUCUCCCUGAGUCCCUUCGUGCCGUUAGGGACCAGUUUCUCUCUGUCUGUCCCACCACUCUCACUGUCGAUCUCCUUGAGGAGUCCCUGCUAGCGGCUGAGAAGAGUAUUGUCGCUGUAGGGGCCUCUCGGGGUGACCCUCGCACCCCCAUCUUUGAGGGGUGUGGUCCUUCCCCCCUGCUGCCCUCUGUCGCCUCUGCCGCUGCGGCCGACCUCACUGGUUUUGAGUCGGUCGGCGCGGCGUCUGCCCCCAGCGGCAGACGCCGCUCUGGCAAGGGCAAAGGGGGCAAGGGAGCGGGUGGAACUAGAGGGGGCGGUGGAGGAGGCGGUGGGGGUGGCGGGGGGAGUGGGGGUGGCGGUGGGGGUGGUGGCGGGAGUGGAGGUACUGGUGGCGGCGGUGGAGGCGGAGGUGGCGGCGGAGGUGGUAGCGGAGGAGGCGGUGGGAGCGGUGGGAGCGACGGUCCUAGUGGGGGAGGUGGCGGAGGAGACGGGGGUGGCGGUGGAGGCGGGGGUGGCGGUGGAGGCGGGGGUCGGAGUGGCUCGUCCCAGCGGAGCAGCUCUGGGGGUGGUCAGCGCCAGCAGCAGCAGCAGCAGCAGCAGCAGCAGCAGCCGCAGCAGCAGCCACAGCAGCAGCAGCGCUCUCGCACCGUCCCCGGCCCUCAGCAGCUCCGUGAGUGGUACUUGCAGCGUCAGCGUGGUGGUGCGCUUGGUCCCUGCCCCUACGUUCUUCGCACAGGUGACCGUGCAGGAGAGAGGUGUGGAGGCGCCCACACAGCCCGCCGCUGCUUUGGCCGCCUGACCGACGCCUGGCGUCAGCAGUUUCCGGAGGCCGCUGAGAUCCCCCGCUGGGGAGAGCUGUCUAGGGCUGGUGUAGCUAUUUAUGAUCUUGAUUUUGAUGCUAUUCUCUCUGCUAUGUAUGCUGUGACUGGUAGUGAUGAGGAUGACUGUUACCGGUGUUUCCCGCCUGACCCGGGCAUUGGUACUGCCGCGUCAGGUACUAGUGAGGCUGCUGCUCUAGGUGCCAGUGCGUCUGUGCUCUCAGGUACUGGUGAGUCUGCCCUCUCAGGUACUGUGUCGGCUUCGGCCUCUCACACCUUCACCCUUGACUCUGGAGCGUCUCGCUCCUUCUUUAGGGACCGCACCACUCUCACGCCGCUGAGUCGGCCGGUUGCGGUGUCCCUGGCUGACCCCUCUGGGGGGCCUGUCCUGUCUCGCUUCUCCACUGUCCUCCCGUGUCCGGCGGCCCCCUCUGGCACCCUGACUGGUCUCUACCUCCCCUCGUUCUCGACGAACUUGGUGAGUGGUGCUGACCUCCAGGAUGCGGGUGUCCACCAGUUCACCCCUGCUCGUCAGCGGGUGACCCACUGCACGGAGGCGGAUACAGGUCGCCACCUGGCUACGUUUACACGUCGGCCAGGGUCGAGCCUCUACACACUGACCACUGCUUCUCCUCCAGGUGCUGAGUCUGGUAGGGUCCCUUCGUCUGGUCAGGUGUUUGCUGCAGCGUCCAGGUCUGGUCCUGAGUCUGCCCCCUGCUCGUGUCGUCGUCUGUCUCACGAGACCCUCCUCUGGCACCACCGCCUUGGCCACCCCUCUCUGCUUCGGCUCAGAGGCAUGGCCUCGCGAGUCCUUGUGUCUGGUCUUCCCCGGUCUCUCCCUCCCCUUCCUCCGGGCCCUCGCCCCACCUGUGUCCCCUGUGUCGAGGGGCGCCAGCGUGCUGCCCCUCACUCCUCCCAGUUUCCUCCGACAGAGGCCCCGUUGCAGACGCUUCACCUGGACGUGUGGGGCCCAGCCCGCGUCCGUGGACAGGGUCAGGAGCGCUACUUCCUGCUGGUGGUUGACGACUACUCGCGUUACACCACAGUCUUCCCCUUGCGCAGCAAGGGUGAGGUCACUGAGGUGUUGAUCGACUGGAUCCGCGCAGCUCGUCUCCAGCUUCGGAGGAGCUUUGGCUCUGACUUCCCUGUUUUACGUCUGCACUCGGACAGAGGCGGAGAGUUCUCCUCUGGCCUCCUGAGUGCCUACUGUCGUGCGCGAGGCAUCCGUCAGACCUUCACGCUUCCGGACUCACCACAGCAGAAUGGGAUUGCUGAGCGCCGCAUUGGCAUGGUCAUGGACGUCGCUCGUACGUCCAUGAUGCAUGCGGCUGCUCCCCAUUUUCUGUGGCCGUUUGCGGUCAGUUACGCUGCGCACCAGAUCAACCUCCACCCCAGGGUCUCUCGACCGGAGACCUCCCCAGCCCUGCUGUGGACGGGGAAGGUUGGCGAUGCGUCGGCGUUCCGGGUCUGGGGAUCUCGGGCGUUUGUUCGCGACCUGUCUGCGGACAAGCUGUCCCCUCGUGCUUCUCCCUGCGUCUUCCUGGGGUUCCCCCCCGACGCCCCUGGGUGGCAGUUUUACCACCCCACCUCUCGACGUGUUCUGUCCUCCCAGGACGUCACGUUCGACGAGUCGGUACCCUACUACCGCCUCUUCCCCUACCGCACUCCGUCCCUCCCCCCACCCCCGCUCUUCUUGGUACCAGGUCCCCCCCCGGUAGUCCCCCUCCCCCCUCAGGGUCCUGCCCCUUCAGGUGUGUCCCAGGUAGACGCGGUCGAGCCUGUCGAGGUCACUGGUGACUCUGGUGCUGCUGCGGGAGCUGAGCCUGGGGGUGCGGAGUCUGGGGGUGCUGAGCCUGGAGGUGCCGAGUCUGGGGGUGCUGAGCCUGGGGGUGCUGAGCCUGGGGGUGCUGUGCCUGGGGGUGCUGAGCCUGGAGGUGCCGAGUCUGGGAGUGCUGAUCCUGGGGGUGCUGAGCCUGGGGGUGCUGAGCCUGGAGGUGCUGUGCCUGGGGGUGCUUCGUCUCGCCGGGAGCCACUCUCCCCACAGGAGCUGCGUGAGUGGUUUGCCAGGCGCUGGAGGCGUGCUGCUGGUGCGGGUGGUUCUUCGGCUGCAGAGGGUCCUGCUGCCGCGCGUCCCGCCGGUGCUCGUACUGUGGGUGCUGGAGCUGCUGGGUCUGAGGGUUCUCCUGGAGCUGGUCCUGCUGAGGGUGUUGGCGCUGAGCCUGCCGUUGGCGGUCCGACUGACAGUGCUCCUGGUGCUGCGGCUGGGGGUUCUGGAGCUUCUGGUGGUGCUGCUGGAGGUGCUGCUGGAGUGGGUGCUCCUGCCGGGGCUGCUGGUGCUGUUCCUGCUGUUUCUAGCGUCGCCGCGCGGCCCCGACCGUACUUCGUUCCGCUCCUGCAGCAGGUUCUUGGUCUUACACCUCCUCCUCCUCCCUUAGAGGGUCCGCAGCCUGUCCGGUCACAGCCACAGCUACAGCCUGCCUCCCCUUUGCCUGCUCCUUCUCCCUACACUGGUCCGACUGGAGGUCUUACUGAGCGUCGUGAGCCUGCGUCUCGUCCUGUGUCGCCUGUUCGUACUGAGCGCGCUAGUGGUCGCGGGUCGCGUCAGCGUCCUCCUCCUGUCCCUGGCACGCACCGGAUGUCACUGCGUCCCUCCACUGCUCCUCUGCGUGCCCCUUUGCCUUCUCCUCCUGCUUCCCCUCUUCCUGCUCUUGCCGACCCGGAGUCGGACUCUCUUCGUGCUGCCAGUCCUACUGUCACGCGUCUCCUGGCUACUGCUGUCACUGACCCCUCCUUCGAGUCGUCUGCUGCGUCCGCCCUUGUCACUGAGCUCGUCGACUUUGCUGCGCGCUGUCGUCUAGACUACGCUGCUCGUCUUGUCACUGAGUCUGAGUCCGCCUGUCCUCCGUCCGUCGGGGGUGAGUGUGCCCUUGGCACGGACGUCCUUGAGGACAGGCAGGAGGAGUUCCAGUGUCUGGCCGCCGCUUCACCUCGUCUUGCGUCUGUACUGCUAGCCCCUGAGGGAGACCCGGAUGCACCAGACAUCCCGACUCCGCGCUCUUACGCGGAGGCAAUAGAGGGUCCCUACUCCUCUCAGUGGCAGGCAGCUAUGGAUGCAGAGAUGGCUUCCUGGAAGUCCACAGGCACCUACGUUGACGCUGUUCCCCCUCCUGGGGCGAACAUCGUCAGUGGCAUGUGGAUUUUCAGGGUGAAGCGGCCGCCGGGUUCUCCGCCUGUCUUCAAGGCGCGUUACGUGGCUCGUGGCUUCAGUCAGCGGCAGGGGGUUGACUACUUUCAGACCUUCUCCCCCACCCCGAAGAUGACCACUCUUCGGGUUCUGCUGCACGUUGCUGCUCACCGUGACUACGAGCUGCACUCUCUCGACUUCAGCACAGCUUUCUUGCAGGGCAGCCUGCACGAGGAGAUCUGGCUGCGUCGCCCACCUGGCUUCACUGGGUCUUUCCCUCCUGGUACCCAGUGGAGCCUCCGGCGUCCAGUCUACGGUCUCCGCCAGGCGCCACGUGAGUGGCACGACACACUGAGGACUACGCUCGCGGCACUUGGGUUUGCUCCUUCCACUGCCGACCCGUCGCUGUUUCUGCGCACCGACACCUCUCUGCCGCCGUUCUACAUCCUCGUGUACGUCGACGACUUGGUCUUUGCCACAGCUGACACUGCUGGACUCGCCUACGUGAAGUCCGAGCUGCAGAAGAGACACACGUGCACUGACCUGGGUGAACUGCGCAGCUACCUUGGCUUGCAGAUCACCCGGGACAGAGCACGCCGCACCAUUACCCUGACUCAGUCACACAUGGUGCAGCAGGUCCUUCAGCGCUUCGGCUUCACGUACUCCUCGCCUCAGGCCACUCCUCUGCCUACUCGCCACUCACUCUCAGCUCUGCCUUCGGAUGAGUCCGUAGAGUCGAGUGGCCCGUUUGCAGAGCUUGUUGGCUGCCUCAUGUACCUGAUGACCUGCACACGACCUGACCUCGCAUACCCUCUUAGCAUUCUCGCACGCUUUGUUGCUCCUGGGAGACACCGACCAGAGCACAUGGCUGCAGCGAAGAGGGUGUUGCGCUACUUGUGCAGUACGUCGGGCAUGGGGCUAGUGCUUGGAGGGCGCAGUCCAGUGGUCCUCACUGGGCACGCAGACGCUUCUUGGGCUGACGACCAGGCUACGCAGCGGUCGUCACAGGGUUACACCUUCAGCCUUGGUUCUGGCUCUGUCUCGUGGCGGGCUACCCGCUCGUCUUCUGUUCUCGGCUCCAGUUGUGAGGCUGAGAUCUACGCUGGGGCUAUGGCUGCACAGGAGUUACGCUGGCUCACCUACCUGCUGACCGACCUUGGAGAGCAGCCUCGUUCUCCUCCAGUCCUGUACGUAGACAACAAGGCCAUGCUGGCCUUGUGUCGAGAGCAGCGACUGGAGCACAGAACGAAGCACAUUGCUCUUCGCUACUUUCUUGCUCGUGAGCUACAGCAGCGUGGACAGCUGCGACUUGCGUACGUGGCCUCUGAGGCCAACACUGCUGAUGUCUUCACCAAGGCACUUGCGCCUUGUGAUCAUCAGCGUUGCUGCACGCAGUUGGAACAUAUAGCUUACUUGUUUGUGUAG